CAUAACAUUAUGAUUGCAUGGCUUCAAUAGGACACAUGCCAUGACUGCAGACCAACUAUAACACAAGAUAGUAGACUACAAGGAAAGAAUGCUGAUGUGCAUAAGAAAUGCUGAUGCUCAUAAGAUAUAAUUUUUCUGUGGAAUUCAUGAGCAAUGUGCGUCUUCAGUGAUCUUUCAACAGGAAUUGUUGAUGCAUGUCCUUAAUGAUUAAUCACGGCGUGCUGCACGCCUGUGUUGGGCAAUCAGCUGAGAGCGGAAGCUAAGCCACUGAUUUCCAAGCACACUGGUUUCCUGAGGACGGCAUUUCCUUGAUAUUUUUCUGACUGCCUUGCCAGUCUUUUGUUGAGGAGUUGGAGGCAACUCUUUUGACAGGGGUAUGUGGGAAAUGAAGAAAAUCCUGUUGUUGUAUUACUACGCUAUGCUUCAUGGCUUUUGCAGACAGACAUAUUUUCCCUAAGUCAUCAAAGCCUUGGUCCCUCCCCUUCCUGUAUGUUAAGUUUUACUUGAUAUGAGUUGUGGAGAUGCUGCCAUUCAACACAGACACACACGUUGCCUUGGUACCUGGCUCCACGGAUGAAGCUUGACAGCGCUGAAGAACUCACUUUCAAUUGGCCAAUGGAACUGAGAACAGAGUGAAUUUAAACUUAUGGAUGCACAGUGACGACUCCUCAAAGUGGACAGCACUCCGUCAGCAGCAGCAGCAGCACUCCUUCGCAUGUGUGGGGCUCAGCCAGGGCAUCAUGGGUAACCACCAUCUAUGUGACCGUCAAGCCAGUCAGCAGCAGCAGCAGCUCUCCUCUCAUUCCUUUAAGGCAGCAGCAACAGUAGCAGUAGCACUUGCAGAAGCGGCAGCCGCACGCAGACGGACUUCUCCCCGCGUCUCGACCUUGUGAGGAGCAAACAGGAAGCUUUGGUAUUGGGGCCUCGAGGAGGGAGCGGAGUGGCCCAGAGAGGGGGGUGAGUGAGGAGAAGUGAAAUCCUCGCUGCUGUGGCCAUGCACAGCCAGCUCUCCCUGCUGCUUCUGGUCAACGUGAUGACAUGCGGCCUGGAGGUGUGUCUGGCGGUGGGCACCAUCUACAUCCCCCCCCUCCUACUGGAGGCCGGCCUGGAGGAACGAUACAUGACCAUGGUACUGGGAGUGGGUCCGGUGCUGGGCCUCAUCUUUGUGCCCCUGAUAGGCUCCGCCAGUGACACCUGGAGGAGCCGCUUCGGCCGGCGGCGCCCCUUCAUCUGGGCCCUGAGCCUGGGCGUCCUUCUGGCCCUGGUGCUCAUCCCCCACGCCUCCUCCCUGGCUGAGCUGCUGGCUCUCCAAAGCCACUGGUGGCCCGAGGUCUCCCUGCUGGUGCUGGGCAUCAUCCUGCUGCAGUUCUGCGGGCAGGCCUGCUUCACGCCCCUGGAGGCCCUGGUGAGCGACCUGUUCCCCGGUGAGCAGGACAGCCGCUGGGCCUUCACCGUCUUCUCCCUGCUGCUGAGCCUGGGGGGCUGCCUGGGGUACCUGCUGCCGGCCGUGGACUGGAACACGGGGGUGGCCGCCGCCUACAUCAGCAGCCAGGAGACUUUCAUCUACGCCCUGCUCACGCUCAUGUUCCUGGCGUGCCUGCUCAGCACGCUCUUCAUCUCCGAGGAGACGGCGGUGAGCGUGGAGGCCGGCGGGAGGCCCGGCGCGGGCAGGAAGCUCCGGCGUUGCUGCGGGCUGGUGGUUCCCCUCCUGACCCCCCAGCGUCUGCUGAGCGCGGCGGGCGGGCUGCUGGCCGUGCUGCCCCACUCGCUGCAGAUGUAUCGCGGCAUGCCCCGGGUGCUGUGCCGCCUCUUCCUGGCCGACCUGUGCAGCUGGAUGGCACUGGAGAGCUUCAUGCUCUUCUACACGGACUACGUCGGGGAGGGGCUGUACAACGGCCUGCCCAGCGCCAAGCCAGGAACCAGAGGGAGGCAGCUUUAUGAAGAAGGUGUGCGUAUGGCCAGCCUGGGCCUGUUCCUGCAGUGUGUGACGUCUGCCUGCUGGUCUCUGGUGGUGGACCGCGUGGUGGCGCGCGUGGGGCCCAAGGUGCUGCUCCUGGGCAGUGUGUCCCUGUUGGCCCUCAGCACGGCCGUCAUGACCCUCUCCCACAGCACCCUGCUGGUCACCCUCAUGACCGCCACCACCGGCGUCACCUUCUGCACCCUACAGGUGCUGCCAUACACGCUCAUCUGCCUCUACCACUCCAACUCACAGGUGUUCUUCCCCAGCACUUUGAGAAAACCUGCAAACACAUGCAAAGACACCUCCUCCUCCUCCAUUCACCUCAGCAAAAUGCACUCUGAGAGACUACCAGGCUUAGUUCCUCCUGAGCCGCCAGUAGGGUCCCCUCCACCCCUCUGCGUCCUCAAUAUCCCCCACCCGGACAUGGACACACUGGCCCUUCCAGGCGGCACCAGGGGGAUGUGUCUGGACAUGGCAUUGCUGGACAGUGCCUACCUGCUCUCCCAGGUGGUGCCCUCGCUGCUGAUGGGCUCGCUGGUGCAGCUGACCCACAACGUGAGUGCCUACAUGGCCAGCUCCUGUGUCCUCAGCGUGCUAGCAGUCGUGCUGUCCUCACGGAUUAUCUUCGACAGGAAGGACAUGGAGCUGCUGUGCUGAAAAUAUAAAAAAAUAAUUAAAUUAAACUAUGAGUGAUGCUGUGGGGAAACCCCACAGUCGUGAUGAUAAACUGUGUGUGAGGAUGCGGGAGGACUAAGCAACAGUGAUGUGAAAGAUAUAAAAAGAAUCUAAAGAAUGGUCAAAGUGAAGGUCUACUCUAUGCAAGGUCAUGAUUUUGAGGCUUGAAAAGCUAUUUUGGCACAUGUGAGAAAAUAAUUCUCCUACAUUUUUUUAAUGGAUGCUGCCAGUUGUCAUACAAAACCAAAGUAACUUUUUAUUACUGUUCUCCAAGAACCAAUGCAAAGACUAAAAUGCUCUCGAGUAUUGUUUACAAUUUCAGCUGUGUCCUUUAAAUGGAGUUCAGGUAUUAGGUCAAAGAAUUUGCAGGUUGGUUGGCAUAUGUGUUACUGACUGUACCAAGUGCUAAUACCGAAAGGCCUUUGUGUUUACUUUAUUUAUUAUAAUGUUAUUUUUGUUAUGUUAAGUGUUAACUUAAUAUGUGAGAUGUUUAGGUGUUGGGGUAAAUUAUAUUUCCAUUUUCCACUUUUCCACAUUGGUUACAAACACUUAUGAAGGUAGGGGUUCACAGGUCUUUUUCUACAUGCAUUAAAUGGCCCAGUUUUGUAUUCUUGAAUAAUUCGGGUCAAUUACAGAAAAUCUGCUUUGUGAAAAUAUUGGAAAUGUAUCUAUUACUCUGCGCUCAAGCUGAAUCACCCCAGAAAAGAAGUUGAGACCAUGUUCACACAUAUAUGGAUUUUUUUUUGUUAACACAUCCAUUUGGGCCUUUUGUUUAUAUGUAAACAGAGUUAUGUCUCCCUAAAAUGGAUUUUUGUAAAUCACACCUGUUACAAUGGUGUUUUUAUGCUAUGUAAACUGGGUGUAUAGUUUUUUUUAUCUGUUUUUUUUAUUAUUAUUUUUUUAAAUCCAUAUAUGUGUAAUCAAGGCCUAAUGUCAGCCUAUCUGUUCUUCACUCAGGACUGAGGAGAAUGUGUCUAGUUUGUACUACUGUUGAAAUGAAGUGCAAUCUGUAAAUACAGAUAAGAUUUUAUUUUUU